AUGGUAGUUGAAUGUCCCAAUUGUCAACAAGUUAAAGCAGAGCAUCAGAGGUCUGGAGGCCUAACCCAGCUGACAAAAUCUGCUCAUUUCUUGCCAAUUAGGACGACAUAUUCAGCUGAAGAUUAUGCCAAGCUUUACAUUCAAGAGAUUGUUUGCCUUCACGGAGUUCCAUUAUCUAUUAUCUCAUAUCGAGGAGCUCAAUUUACAACACAUUUUUGGAGAUCGUUUCCGAAAGGUCUAGGCACUCAGAUGGCCCCUUACGAAGUGCUAUACGGGCGGAAGUGUAGAUCCCCGAUCGGUUGGUUUGAGCUCGGGGAAGCAGAUUUGAUAGGUCCCAAUCUAGUCCAACAAGCGAUUGAAAAGGUUAAGCUUAUUAGAGAUCGGCUUCAUACAACACAAUGUCGGCAGAAGUCUUAUGCAGAUGUUCACCGAUGGAACUUAGAGUUUGAUGUAAAAGAUUGGGUUUUCUUGAAAGUAUCGCCUAUGAAGGGCAUCAUGCGAUUCAAAAAGAAAUGGAAGCUCAGACCUAGAUACGUUGGACCGUAUAAGAUUAUUCGAAAGAUCGGUAUGAUUGCAUACGAGCUUGACUUGCCUUUCGAAUUGGAAGCAGUCCAUCAUAUAUUUCAUGUUUCUAUGUUGCGGAAGUGCAUUGGAGAUCCUUCACAUAUUAUGCCCAUUGAAAAUAUUCGUAUCGAAGAUUUAUCUUAUGUAGAGGUACCAAUAGCUAUUUUAGAUCGGCAAGUAAGAAAGCUUCGAACUAAAGAUGUAGCUUCUGUGAAGGUGUUAUGGAGAAAUAACAACGUCGAGGAAAUGACUUGGGAAGCGGAAGAGAAAUGA